GGGAACUUUCUCCUGCGCAGGAACUCGCUGAUGCGGGUGAUAUUCCUGAUGCAGAGCAGGUGAUCACACCAGCGAAUCGACAGAAUGAGCAAUCUUCUGACUUAUACGCGCUCUACCCGCGACUGCAGUUUUUCCGGGACAUGUUUGAGUUUGAGAGACCGUCGCUACCACAGAGUGAGCCUUGGGGUUGGAGGUUGCGCGGUGAGGAGUGGGAACGGCUCGUAAAUGGGGCGCCGUUUGAGUUGCUGAUGGGGCACCAGUUGCGCGGCGCCGCGCCGGACCGAGGCGCGCUAGUAGCUGCGCUUCGACAUAACGGUGCCCAUGGGGGGGAGGGACUACUGCCAUCCGGGCAGACGCGAGAACACGACCUACUAGACACUCGUCUCAAGAAGCUCGGGGAGCUUUCCCAGCUCCUGGUGGCAGUCGCGGCACUCCGUUCCGGGGCUCGGGCAUUCGGGCUGCACAGCCGCAUAGUCGGCGAAAACGCGCGCUCGUUUGAGCGAGAAGGUGAGAAUGUGCUACUGCUGUAUAGAAUGCAGGAUCCGGAGGAAGUUCGGGUAGAAGAAGACGACACCGCUCCUGAAGCUGGUGAUUUGGUGCCGCGGUCUUUUUUAACAACGUUGCUGGAGGAGAUGCGGGACCACCGAAGGAUGGCGCACAAUCGCGGAACGGCAAUACAACUUACUUCCUCCGCGUGGUCCCAGCGGAAACGACGGACACUCGAGGCGCACAGCCAAAAUGGACAAAACUUUUCGGAAGCUCCCGCUUCGGAAGCUCGCCGGCUGCCGGAAGCGCUGCGUGCGCUGCUGCGCUUGGUGCG